AUGUCCGCGCGUACAACUCAUUUUGACACCGAAACAGUGAGAUCGCUUGCACGAAACGCGCCACAGCCGCGUUCGCGCAGCGAAGGAAGAUACGACGGCAGCAGAGAAGCUCGAGGAGCUCACAGAUCUCGAAGUGGGGCUAAUGAUGUGGAACCAACGGAAGUGAGUAUUUCGCACAAAAAAGCGCACGGGAAGAUUAGUGAAAAGGCUCAGUCAUUAAAAAUCUCCAAAGCUCGCGCUCAUGCUGCUUCUGCGAUCGGCAGCGAGAGCUCACCUCACUCGCUAGAUUAUGUCUCGUCACCGCAACAACCGCUCUCCAGAAACACUCAAGAUUAUUCUCCUAAAGCCUCUUCGAAUCUUUACGCUAGCAUGCAUAUGGCAGAUUCGGAAAGAAAGAAGUUUAUGGAUAACAUUCCGGGGAUACCAGUAAAUGAGCAGUUGGCUACUCAGCGAGGUGACCGGCCCGGUUGGUCUGCAUUUCCGCCCCCUUCGGUUUCAAAGUACGGACAAAAUGUUGCUUAUUCUACGAGUCUUCCAUCUGACUUGAAGUCUCUACCCCGAGACUCGAAUAACACCACGGAAUUGGUUUUCCACAAAUCAUCAGCAAACAGACACACUAAAGGAUUGCGGUUGAAAGGCCACGCAGAAACAGAAAUGCAAUGGAAUGUGACCCAAGAAAAUAAUUUUCGUCUUCGAGACGAACAACGUAACAGGUCCGCGUCUAGUGACUACCAUUACUCGCGAACGCGGGGAAGGCGCAGUAAAGAUGGCGUCAACGUUGUUUACAACGACGUCAAAUUUUCUGGGCCGAAUCGGCAAAAUGUUUCACGGCGAUCGACAUCUACUUCGUCCUACUCGGAGUCGCCGACGGACAGUCAAGGCUCGUCAACGGAGUCGGAAAGUUUUAGCUCCUCUGAUUCCUCACACAAGCGCAGGCGGCGUAUCAAGCGAAAGCCGUCAAAUAAGUCGAUUGGUUCAAGUAUUUAUGGGGAGGAUAACACCAGUGAAUCGGAAAAUCAGAGCGUUAGUGAACCCUCCGCUUCUGAUAAUAUGUAUUCUCAUAAUAAACGCAAGAGUAAAUUUGCGCCUGAAGAACUGGCCAGUCUGGGGCCUCUUGUAACAUACAAGGAUCAUCGAAAUACCACUAACAGGCUUAGGUCAAGUAGUUUGACUUCUGUGAGUUCUUUGGAAGGGGCAGGGAUAUCCACAGAUGCUGCUGCUUCUAGAAAUGAAUCUUCAUUGAUCUCUCCCACUGGCUCUCGCAUAGCAAAAGUGAAAAAAAUCCAAAUACGAUCGUUUACAUCGUUUGCCGAUAGUCAAUUGAACAAUAAAGAAAAUCUUCCGCAGAGAAGGAGGUCUUCGGAAGAAAGGGAGCCUCUUAAAAUUAGGGGCAGAGCUGAGACGGCUCCAAGAGACAUUCCAAGAGCCUCAUUACCAAGGCAAGGCUCAGAGUCACCGUCUCUAUCAAGAAGCCCUUUUAGUCUCAAAUCAAAAGCCCUUGUUCGGAAGACAAGUAGAGAAUCACAGUUCAGUGAUAGUGAAUGUAAUCUUAGUCCUGAUAAAGGGAAUGAGAAGAGAAGUUUGGACACUACAGUUGAAAAGGAACAGGUUGCACGGUGCAACUCUGCCCCACCUGAUCCAUUACCUUCAGAGAGCAGGGAACCCAGGCUGCAUCAGAGCCUUCUAUCUGACAACAGCAUGCUACUCACUUCACGGAGUGCAUUUGUUCCAGUAAAACCCACAAAAAGAGCUAAUGAUCUUGAACCUAACCCGUCCAUCAUAGAUCCUGUUUCAUUUGCCGCUGCCGAUUCCAGGCUUGGCAAAGUAGCUUCAACAGCAGGAGAGGAUACUUUAUUACGGCCUGUUGCAAGGAUUGGAAAUCGUCCAUUGUCUAUUGUGCAGGAAACAGAUGAGUUUUCUGAGAUUGUACAACAAGAUGUUACCUAUAAAAAUGAAGGUCUAGUAGUUAGGAGUUCACAAGAGCUCAGGGGCACACCGCCCUGUAUGGACGAGAACACCUCGCUUUCAACCCUUCGGAGACUGUCAUAUGUGAGAGCGCAGACAAACUCAGCAGAUCUUCCAGUCCACUUGUCUGAUUUAUCACCGGUUCAGAUGCUAGGCCUUAAUUCCAGUUCUGAUUCACCUACAUCAUUUUCACCUUUGUUUGCUCAGGAUCUUCAGUCAAGCAGGUACAUUUCAGAAGCUGCUAAUGAGACCAAAAAAGUACUAAAAGAGUUUGAUCCACUGACCUCAAAUGAAAUACUAAGAACAGUAACUGAGGGGGAUUUGAUUAGCUUUGAUGACGAGAACGGAGAUGUUAAAGAACCAGUUAAAAAGCGAACAAAGCGGAUUACUCGUCCUAAAAUACCAACAAUUCUUGGUGGCGAAGAUGCUCACAGUUCAAUAGACAUGGAAAGUUUUGAAGCGUCCACUGGUGUUCCUGGGGCAAGUAAUGUUUCUCUCAGUAAAGGUAAGCUGAACAGUAAUGUUUUUUAGUUGUUUCUUCCCAAGCCAAGGAUCAGCAAAAUAAACCUCCAUGCUGUUUUUCAUGACAGAAUGGGUGGCUUAAGUAUGGAAAGUUUUGUGCUUUUCUUUGGCUAAACCAAUGACUGGGUAACCUGUGGAAUCUCAGUUUUAAAUAAGAUUAAGUGAAGUGAAUUUAAUGUAAAAUGAAUACCUAAGAGGUGCUCCAUCAUUAGCAAUAUUUUGCUACCCACAAAAUUGCCGUGCAGUUGAAAGGAACCUUAAAAAUUGGUCUGCUGAAACAGAACACCUGGGAGCUAGGUAAUUUUGGCCUAUAGGGAAUUAAGGAUAAACCAAUAUAUUAUUACAACCCUGGCACUACAGUAAAAGAACUCUUUUACUCAGAGUUGGUGACAUGUCCUUUAAGGAACAAUUUUAUCUUGGAGUUUUGAAUGAUACCUACAGUGUACAACCCCAAGGCCAUUCACUUUCCUGAAUAAAUAUGAAAGCCCCAAAUGACUUCUGUGUGAAAGCUUCAUGUAAAUUAUCCUUAACAAAUCAAAAACAAUUUUCCAUGGUCUGUACUCUCAAACUCGACGUUAGAAAUGACAUCAAAAUAUUCAAAACUCAAGUGAACCACAAGCUGCAGGCAAGUGGUUUCACUGCAAAGUUUUGAACACUUUGAUCUCAUUUCUGUGAUUGAGUAUAAACCACGGCAAAUUGUUUUCAAUUUGUUUCUUAUGAUAACGUUGCCAGUUUUUGACCUUCAUUUCCAUUGAAGUUUCUCGAAAAUGGUACACACAAGGAAGAGAAAAUCAAAUUGUGCCAUCAUCACACCAUUUUCAUGGUCGGUUCUCUGAAUGACUAUAGCUCUCGAUCAAUCAGCAUGCGAGAAAUUGCCCAGUUAUUUUUCCUAUUGUAUGUUUAUGUCAUUAUUAGAUCAGGAGUCACUAAUGGUCUUAUUCCUUGCGCUACCACUCUUCAAUAAGAAGAGUGUUCCCAUUUGGAAAUUGUGGUGCCAUUGUGGUAAGGCAUAAGUCCCGUCAUCAUAGACAACCCAAUACAGCAGCAUAUAAAACUCUUGAGAAAAAAAUUUACAGUGGAAACUGUUUUCAAUUCACAUUUUUUUCUUCACGGCUUUAACAUUUGAACCCUCCCUCUGGCUCCCUAUCUACCCUAUGUUGUUAGAAUUUGUAUUCCAUUUUGAUUCUGUUAAUAAGUGAAUGCCAAAAACAACCUUAUGAUUUCUUUUUCAUUACUGUUCAAACCCAGACAAAUUUAAGCAACAACAUGUGUAUGCAUGGUGAAAACUAAGAAGAGACACUGUAAUUCUAAUUCAAUAUAAAUAGUUUCCCUUUUAUGUAAAUAAAAACAGAUGUUUUUUUAGCUAAAGAGGAAGUCGUUCAUGUGAAAUAUACCGAGUAUGCAAACAAACUAGGCCUAUCUAAAUAGCUGUCUAAGUGCUGUACCCAUUUCACCGAAUUUCAGUUGACGUUUUGUACCAUUCCAAACAAUGAACUCUGUUUUUUUCUAUUAAUUGCCUUUUGUUUCAGCAGCUUCUCUGAUUUCCCUACAAACAUCUUAGCAAAUUUAAAUUUUCUUGAUCUACAUUCUUAAGUCAUAACUCUUUCUAUGCAAAGAGUUGGAUAUGCAUUGUAAACUGUUUGACACCCUCUCAAUUGCAUUUUAGCCAAAAACACAUUUUUAAUUCAUUUUUAACAGACGUGCAUAUAGCAAGUGAAGCAUUUAACUUAUGUUUGAAUUCGAUUUGCUUAUUGUGCUAAUAGAUAAGCAUAGACUAACGACAUAAAUUGAUUUGCAUUAAACAUCAAGUGUUGAUGUCUUGUUGGUUGAAAUAAAUUGCAUUUAAAUGGUGUCUUCAGACAAAGUGCCGCUUUCAAGUUAGUGUUUUUCAGAAUGGUUCUUAACUUCUGUAAGCCUCUGAUAAACUAAUACAAACAAUUUACUGAAAAAGUCAUUAUUUUCAUUUAUCUAGUACGUUUUUUACUUCACUGAUGAUUUAGUUAUUUAAUGAGGUUUUUCUUGUCUUUCCUAUGCCUUGGGUUCAGUUUGCUCAAAAGUCCAACCUUUCCCUUUAUUUUAUACAGGCUCGCUGUGUUUAUAACUUAAUUUAGCUGAAUGGAACUGCAGAUAUUUUUUAAUGUCCACAGUGGGGUUAAAUUCUUGCAAGAAUAGAAUUUUGGGGAAAUUGAUCCUCACUUUGUGCUAGCUUGAACAAAGGCUGUCAUGAUCUUAAUGGCUUUAGGUGGAAUAUGUGCACUAAACACUUGUUGUAAGAGGUGCAUAUGAAAUGCUUUUUCAAACUACACAAUCCAAAAAAAGUACAUUUUGAGCUUUAAACUUAGUAUUAGAUGUCAAUGUGUUUUUACUCAUCUUAUGCUCACUAUUUUUGUGAUUGCUAAAUAGACAUCUCAGGAAUGUUUGAUGGACCAAACAGAGACACCAUUAUUGCACAUGAUAGUGAAGAGGAAAGCACCCCAAGAGCAGCUUCGGAUGCCGAGGACAAUCAAACUGCGGAAUCACAUUUUAAUGACAGUGACGUCAACAAAAAGCAAACUGAUUCGUUGUUUGAUGUUCAAGGCGACAGCGUGGAAGACAUCAAUCAAAGACCAAAACCCAGGAAAAAACUUCAGAAAAGAGCCUCUUUGCCUGUGAUUAGAACAGAAUUUUACCAAGAGGAGGUUAAGGAUAAUGACGAGGCACCAUCAUUAGAGGAAAUUCCUAAGUCACCAUCAUUACGAAAGGCAGAAACCAUCAAUGAUCUUUCCUUAGACCAGGUUGCACACCACCUGAAGGUUGAUUCAUUGCAGGGAAUUGAUACUGAGCCUGGCAAAGACUUUUUAUUUCUGGAUGAUAAGAGUUUAGAGAGCUGUAGCCCUCCACCAGGGGCAACACCAUCACCCAGUCCGAGUCAAAUGAAUUUUGAUGCGCUCUCGUUAACAACAAGUGGUUUUAGUGAAACUCAUUCUGAGGAAGUGAGUACUGGGGAUCUUAAUGUUGGAUAUGAUCUUUUACAAAUGGACUCCACUGUUAACAAUAAAUCUGUUGAUGAUGCAUGGAGGUCUCAGAGUGACCCUAGUCAUGGUAUUCAGUUGGAGAACACAAUGGCUGAGUUACAGGCUCAUCGCAAUAGCAACAGUGAACCAAACUUGAAUGGAGAAAAAUUGAAGGAGGAAUCUGAACAGUUGGCCAAGAGAGUAAAUGGUGGGAAUCAAGUGGCACCCAAUAGAAAAACCCAUGGGAUAAAGGAGGAUGAGCAUGAAGACGAUGUUGAUGAAAAUGAUGAUGACAAAGACAACUCGCUAGCUGACUUGAGUCCAGAUGAUGGAUGCUAUGAACUGGACAAACCUGACAUUAAGAGGAAGCCUUUGCAUAGGGCAAAAUCUGCCCCUACACCAACCACGCUGUCAUCACCCAGAACUCAGAGAAUAGCCAAUUCUUUUGCUGUGGAAAAAGCUCAAGCUAAACUCAACAAACUUGCAGCAAUGGAAACAAUAAUGGAACUGCCAAAUGCAGAACCCUCAGUUCAGAUCCCAGAAAAACCCAAAGUUGAGAAGGCAAAGCGAAGCUCGUCAGUGGAAGGGGGUAUCACUUCACCAACACCAAGUGAGGGUACAUGUGCUAAAGAAGACAAGAGGAGGCUUUCUAUAUCCAAGGAGCCUGGAAAGAGUCAAAAGUCAAAACAUGUAAGUACUUUAUUGAAACCUGCAGCGUCUAUACCACACCCACAUCCAAGGCUGUCAUUAAGGGCCAGGGGCAAGGGAUUUUCCCAGCUUUUAUGAAUGUGACCUCCACGUACUUUUGUAGGAAAAUAGACGAAAAAUAGAACCAAACAAAAUCCCUAGUUGUUGGAUUCCGCGUCUACUUGUAUCAUUAGCCUGGCAACUUGAAAUUUUAAUGACAGCCCUGCAGGUCACAGCAUUUUUACAAAACAGUGUAUUUUUUGUUGUGUUUUAAUACCUCUCCCUGUGAACUGGAAGCUCUGCAUUGCAUAAGUGCAGAGCUAUCCCAGUUUUAGAGACUGUAUUAUUUUCUGCUCUACAUAUUUUGCUAAGUGUAUUGUGGACUACACUCGCAGCAAAAUCAAUCUAAAAAUAACCUGGUUUGUAGAAGGUCUUUGACUCAUGCAGGACAAAAUAAGGUAGUUGAAAACUCCAGAAACAGUAUAGGGGCACCUGCAGUUUAAAUUUGGUCAGCUCUUUGUUGGCUUAAUAAUUUACAGUAACUUUCUCUUGUACUUUCAGCAAAUUGAAACAUGCUUGGUGAUUCAAUUUAUUCUGAUUUUGAAAUAGUUAGAAUUGCUUGUUUGUAUAUGUUGUGGUCAAUUUAGUUGUUGCCAUGUCAACUGGGUGACUCGAAUACUACGAAUGCCAGUUAUUCUGAAGAAAUCAAAGCAGUACUUUUCAAACAAAUGCAGCUACUUUUUUCAGGGAUCCACGCAUGUUCUUGUAUAACCACAGCUCAAUGAAAUCUUUCCAUAAACUAACUAAAGGCCCUUUUGUAUGUUAAGGUAUUCCAAACAAUUAUAUCAUUGUCUAUUUAAAUGUACGUUUUACUCCUUUGUUAUGAAACAAGAUUAAUUGAUAACAAAAGCUUUUUAGAGAUUGAAACCCCUAAUCUUGCAAGGGUUGAAAACAUGACAUUGUCACUCUUUGUACAAGACAUGAUGCCUGAUUAAUUAAUUUGGUUGCAUUCUCAUGAUUGUAAUAUUGGAAUAAUUUGUGGGUGACAUUCAAUCCAAUGCAAAAUAGCUUAACUUCUGUGGAAUUACGUAUGUUAUAAAAGUACAGGUAAUUUCAGUCUGUACCUCCUCCCAAUCAGCGGGAUUUUUAUGGAAAACUUUAACAAUGAACACCAUAUACAAAACAAAAAGGAGUAGUUGAAGUUUAUUGACUUUCAAAAUGUCCUUCCUUUCAUGUCUUAAGCUUGCUUUUUAAAAAUAUUUAUAUUAUAUUUUUUGCACAGCUCUUUACAAUGCAAGCCAGGGGGUAAAGAUCAACAAUAGGCACUCAAGCAUGUAAUAUAACAGUUCAAAGAAGACUGAAUAGGGAAAUCAGUCCUCAAAAACACAGAUUACCUGUAAUUAGAAAUACCAUUUACUUUGCACACCUCAAUUAACCAGUUAAUAGGGCAAAUUAAAAUAUCACCAGCCAUUAAAGAAGACUGAGUUAAACAGAGAUGAAAAUGAUGGGGUCUUAGUCUAGGAUUUUGGUUGGAGUUGAUGGCUGUCUCUGUUUGUUGUGGCUUGAUUAUGUUUGUAUGCUACAAUGAAGUCCACCCUUCGGAGUCACUAGGACAUUGCACACGGCUUAAGUUUUGAUUGAUGGUGUUUCCUGUCUGUGGUUAGAGUCUUUGUUCUCAGUAAACAAUACUGUUAACAUUAUAAAAAUUUUAUAUUGUGAUGUGCUUCAAAGUCAAGUUGACUCUUAUUGACUGAUGCAGCUUAUGAACAGUGCUUUAAAGAAUGAUAUGAUGAAAUGCUCCAAACUGUACACUGAAACUGUGCAUAAGGAUUAUCAAUCACACGCUUGAAAAUAUUACUGCAAUUUCAUCAUAAACGUAUAACAUCUGAAUUAUUGGUGCAAUGGAGCAUAAAUGUUUCAAGUUUUUAGAUGCUGUUCUUUCAAGAUUCGCUUUGAUCAGAAUGUCAAGUGUGAAGUUUCACUGGACUUUUCAUAAACACCUUAUAAACACUCCAACAGAAGCCUAGCAAAAGUACAUUAUUUUAUAAACAGGAAAUUGUAUAUUUGUUUAUUUAAGUUCAUUAGACCAGCAAGUAGCAAAAGUGUUAAGAGCCAAUUUGUGGUUAGAAUUUAUUGAAGCCACGUUCCAAGGUCAAGCUGAUUACUCUUAAUAAUCAACAAGGCUGUUCAAAAAACAAACAUAUUUUGCCAUGAAACCAGCACUUCCUGCAGAAAAAUAGUCUGUUUAGAACUGAAAAUAUAAUUCUUUGUGGGUUAUAUUUAUUUACAUAACUUAGCCACUCUGAUAAGCUUGGCAUUAAGUCUUUUACAAACAGGUGGUGUAAGUUAAUGUUCCAUAUACAUGUAGACCACUUACAGUGUAAGAAUACCCGGGCUAAGUUACCCCAAGGAUGUCCUCAACAAGGGAUGCCCCAGGGAUUCAAAUAAUAAUAAAAAAAAUUAUUAGAGCAUUCUGCAAAUGAAAUGGACCGAUGGCACGCAUAUUUUAUUAAUAAAUUCAUAUUUUUUUGUUCUCAAACCGUCUUGAAGUUAAUGAUCUUAUAGGAUUUGGGACAUUUUUUUGUUGCAUAUUGUUAUCUACACUGUAUCUGUUAACUGUUCCUGUUACUUGAUUAUUAUAUGUAUAUCAGAAGUCUUGUUGGUUAUGAAUAAAUGAGUACAGAAUGGUAGAUAAUCUGAUACAACUGCUAUUGCUUUGUGUUUCCUUAGGAUCUCAGGGCUCAUGUGUUGAAAAAUUUGCUGGAUACAGAAUCGUCUUAUGUGCAGAAUCUUCAGUUUCUUGUAUCGGUAGGUUUUAUGUUGUUUUGCGCUCCUGUAAUAUGUAUCUAUGAUAAUGAAUAAUUCAUAAUUUAUGGGUGUGAAUAGUAAUGAUGCUGCAUUGACAUAAUUAUCAUAAUUCAUUAUAAAGUGCCUUCGGGUCUUGGAAACCAAAUAUUCCAUGACACAUUUCUAAGAAAUGAAAGCAACAGUUAUUAAACAGUUCUCCAUGUCUUUGCUACUGUUCAUGUGUAUGUUUUACAGGAGGUUGAAAGGAGAGUUAAGUAAAUGACUCAAGUUAUAAGAUACAGUGACCAUGAGGUUUUGAAUUUAAAGUAGAGGAUCAAUUGAGUGCAUGAGUAGAUCAGUACUUAAGAUUAUGGGAUUAUAAGAUAUAAAGUAUUACUUUUGAAAUGGAUAUUAUCAAGUAAAAUGAUUUUCUAAACAUCUACUAGCUUUUUAAUCACACCUCAAACAUAAGUACACAAUUACAGUUUUGAAGGUGUCAAGUGGAAAGAAAGCUGCAUCUUUGGCAUGAUCCAUUGUCUGAAAGUGUCAGAUUUCUGUUAAUGAACAUUGUGUACUGUUAUUUGAAACUUGGAGAUAUGUGAUGCAGCCCUUGCUUGAGAAAUUUAUAUAGAAAAUGUUGGAAACAUUCCAUAAAAUGAAAUCAAUAAUACGGUAGAAUGGGACUUUUUUUGCAUUGUUCUAUCGGUGGCUACAUUGUAUCUUCAAUAUUAUACUUUUUUGCAUGGUGGACAAUUUUAGAGGGCAUGUAUUAACAAUGGCACUAUUCUUUAUUGUCUACGCUGGUUUCAUCUAAAAUGAGGUAGUUUAUAUACAUUUAUUAAUUGCUUUUAUGUGUGGGUAAUAGAUCUCUAAUUCUUGCAAUUUCUGAAUACUCAAACAACUGAAUAUAAAAUAAUGGUUAGAAUUGUAAAUUUUGCUUGCCAUUGCCUGAAGACCUAUGAAGUAAAUGUGGUUAUGAAUACAUGUGUAGGAUUAAGCAUUGUUAAAAAUUGGUGGAAUGAAGUAUUAUUUCAGAGAGAAAUUUGUGUUUUCAUGCACAUGUGAAUUAUGACUCAAUCAUCAAAACAUGUAUGACACUGAUUGCAGGAUUAGAGCCUACUAAAAUGUUAAGAAUUCAGUAAAUUGGGAACACUUAAGAGCUUGAAAUAGAGAAGUAUUGUGUUGCAAAUAGGUGACAAAAGAAAAACACAAUAAGAUUUAAAACAAAUAAAUAAGGCUCUCUUUAGGGUAACUUGUCAUGCUUUGGCUUCCCUUUAAAAAAGCCACUUCCUACACAACAUGGAUCAGCAACCAUAAUACUCUUUUAACUCCUACUAUGUAUUGUUCGGAUCCUUUUUUAAUUAAUUAGCCCUGCUUGGUUUCCAUGCCCAAGUAAAAUAAACAUGUCCUUUCAGCACACACACAGUUGGUAAUUUUGUUUCCCUUAGCAGAAAGAAGACUUUUUGUUUGAUUGUCUCCGACAUGUUUUAAUUUCCUGUUUACUUUGCUGUCUGCUUCUAAAUUCCUUCUGUAUUAUUUUUUUGUUAAUCAGGGCAAAUUUCCUCUUCCUUUUGCUUUCUAGUUUUGGAAACUGUCUUUAAGAGGAGGAAAUGUUAUGCAAUUUUAAUUAACUUCAAUGAAUUUGUGGUUGUAAUCCUGUUUUGUGGCUAUUUAAGUGAAACACGGAGCCAGUUGGUUAUGUGCCUUUUCUUGAACUUUGAACAAGGAGUGAAAGAUAAAACAAACAAGGAAAUAGCAUCACAGCAGACUUAUGUGCUAAGUACAUGAAGCUGUGUUAAACAAGAUAAUGAGUAGAAGAGACCAAGCAAGUUUAAGCAAGUGGUUUUAGUCUUGCUUAUGCAGAAAGUUUUGUUAAAAACUGCUUCAAAAAAUUUACCAAGGAUCUCUAGACCGAUCCUUGAGUAUCUUCUGUGCGAGCAUUACUGUUGUUACGGAACAUUACCUUUAGAUCUGUCUAAACUCACUUCUUCCUAAAACUUGCUGACAGUUGUAUCUUACUUUUUUCACAUCUUUCUUAUUUUGCUGUACAGUAAACAAUUGCUAAAAAGAACCUACUAUUUUAAAGUCUGGCAAAAUAGGUUCUUGUAUUUUGGGUUACUUAGUGGCAAUUUAGGCUAAGCAGGUUCUUAAUUUUUUAUGAAGGAGAUAAUAGAUUGUUGAUUACAAGAAAAAAUAAACUUUUUACUUAUUAACAAUAUUAUUGUAUCAUUAUAACCCUAGCAAAACUGAUUACCAAGUUAAUACUUAGUUUAGUAUGCUCUUGUUGUACUUAAAUUUAUGAUCUCAAAGUUACACUCCGUGGUUAAAUUGUUUAUCAGAAUUUAACUGUAACCCACAUGUAAGAAUCUGCUUGACCUUGCUUGGCUAAACAAUUUCUUGUAUUUUUGGGUAUUAAAGUGGCAAAUUUCUGCCAGAAGGUUCUUAAUUGACAGGUUCUUAUUAGCGGGUGUUUACUGUAACUGUUUUUAAUUUGUUCUUUUUCCCCCUCUUUCUGGUUUCUUGGUUUUAUAUCAAACAAAACCUUAUUCGUAUUAUAGGGGCUAACUAGAAAACCAAAAUGGUUUAAUUGGCCACGGCACCAUAUUCGAAUUUGAAAAUUAAUAUCAAAUAGAAAUGUUUAUCACUAUAAACAAAUAAAGGUCAGAAAUUUACUUAACAAUUAAUGAAUGAGGCUGAGCAUCUUAUGAAGAAUUACGGAGAUCGAGGAGGGUGUUAUCUGUCGAGGUCCUAGGCCGAGGCGGAUAACACCCUCCGAGAUCUCCAUAAUUCUUCAUAAGAUACAAAAGCUGAAUUCAAUAAUUGUUUUAUUAUUCAUUCAAAAUAAUUCCUAGUUUAAAAACAUAGCUAAAAGAAGUUUACCUACAUCGAUAUUAAGUUUAUCUUCGAUAGUUUACGUUUAGGUUUGUCCAGCUGCGCAAAUAUUCUCCAAAUAGCAGAUGUCGCCUUCCGAGUUGUCUUUAUGCUGUUUUCGCUAUGUUUUUAGUCAUUAUUUCGCCUAGUUUCAGCUGCACUAAUACAGUGUAGUUCUUAAAUGAAACGAGUGAAGUGUCUGCCAUUUUAGUUUUUACAAUGAAAACAACUCAAUGUCAUCCCCAGGUCUUCUUGGUUAACGGUGCAUUAACCCGUAGAAGGCUGCAUUUUGGACGUUAUUUCCUCGUUAAACAAAAAUUUCUUCCAAAUUUGGUCAUCAGUAACUGGUUAUGGUGAAUUAUGCGUGUGUUUUUAGCCAAUCAGAAUUGGGGAAAUAUUUUGAAUGAAUAAUAAUACUAGUUAAUCACUUAGAGGAGAAUAAAUUGAAUUGAAUUAAACUCUGAUUAGAUCUGUAUAAUUUUCACUUACUAGAGCUACUACAAAGCACUGAAGAAACAGGAAAAUGCAGGGAUUGUGGAUACUGCACAAGUAGACGAAAUGUUUUAUCAAAUUCCUGAAAUUCUUCUCUGCCAUGAGUUUUUCCUCCAGCAACUUCAAGCCAGGGUUAAUGAAUGGCAUGACAAGCAAAAGAUUGGCGACAUCUUUGUUUCCACGGUAACUAUUCUAAAUAUUAAUUGAUACAACUUGUUUUCUCUUCAAAUUUUAACCCUCACUGUUAAAUUUCUGUUAACGAAAUAUCAAGCAGUGAUUGUUGCAGAAAAAAAAUUGUCUAUAAUGCUUUAUCAAGACUACCCUGCAUGGGAUUGGUAAAAAGUGCAUGGAGGAGUGUCAUCUCUUCGUCUCCUAUGCCUGUCUAUGCCUCCAGCUAUCGUAGUUGAAUCAAGGCAUUUUCUGAAAACUGGCCCAAAUUGCAAAACACCAUUUACAGUGUUACUAUACUAGACAAAGUUGACCAAUUGGAUCACAGGAAAAGAACAGUACAUUCUAAGAAAGUUAGUUGUCAAUCAUAAUCGAAAUAAACAACAUGGAUCAAAAUCAACCAAUUGCAACCUACAGACCUGACCUUUUAAACCCACUGAAAAAAGUCCAUGUUUCCUGAGAGGUCCGUUAGAACGAAUGACGCAGGCAAAAACUGUAAGACUGUUAAAUUUUUUACAUGAGGUCAUUAUGUUUUUGAAAUGUGCUGCAAUGGUACAGCUUCUCUCAAACAAAUAUGUUUCCUGGGUGUUGUACGUAAAGUCUCAAACAGAAACACAUUGUCUGGUGAAACAUUUGCUUUAUUGAAAACUGUUUGCUAUCAAUGUUUGAAUUUUGUGCUUUGAGUAACUUACAUACAUACAUACAUACAUACACUUUAUUGAUGCUCCCUAAGUGGGCUUUUCAGCUCAAUAGAAUAAAAAAAAAUACAAAUAUAUAAAUUAAUUGAGAAUGUAAAUACAAUAAUGGGCGAUUCCAGAAAAUAUCCAUACCAUACCACGGACGGCUUCUAGGAUUUCCGAAGGGGAGGGGGGGUUCACGAUUAUGGAAUUCUGAGGGCAUGGGGGGGUGGUAUUUACGAUUGGAUAUCCGAAGGUACUGGUGAAUUCCACAGGUGGGAUUUCUGGAGUAGAAAGUGUAGAGUGAGUUCCUUGAAAACGGUAUUGUUGUGGACUUUUGUAGUUCGUAAAUAAUCCACGAACGUAUGACCGCGGAAGCAGAAGACAAGGAUCGAUAGAUCAGACACGUGUUUACGCUCAUAACUUAUACAAGUGAACAGUAAAACGUGGGUUUCACAUUUACCUUGAUGAAUUUCUUGUCACAUGAAUAAAUCUUACCGCUUGCAAAUUUCUUGGACCGUCGGAGGGCAAUCGGAGGAAGACUCGGGAGAACGAGGUCUGUUGUUUGUGGGCUAAACAUUGUGAAGGAAUAAUUUGAAGGGUUUAGAGAAGGGAAUGUCCUCGGAAAAUGUAAGAAAUCCCUUAAUUGCCCCCAAAAUAAACAAGUCUCAUGAUUUUCCUUAUACUCGACCUAAUCUUUUAUCAUGAUACAUUUCAUGUACACUACAUGAGACAUAUGGGUUGAGAACACUUUUCGUGAACACUACAUGACGUAUAAAAGGACGCAACAAGACUCGACGGUAUAUUUGACCGCUGAAAGAUUUUAACUGUCUGAAUUUGAGCUAUUCUGCUUUGUAAACGUCAAAACAGCACAAGAAAAUAAAGAGGAGUAAAACUGCCGUAAAUGGUGUUUAUUAUUAUAGCCAAAUUCGGACUUAAAAAGAAGUUUUUACAGCCUGGUCACUAGCGGUAGGUUUUUCUUGUCGUGAAGAGUAAAGCUUGUCGCCUAGCGCCGCUAGAUCACAGCCCUGAGGAGGCAUAGAUUCAUGUUCGUUUGUUCAUAUAGGCGUUGCUAAGUCGAAAAUGUACUUCCCAAAAAAAACGGAAAUUCUGAAGGGGAGGGGGGGUUCACGAUUAUGGAAUUCUGAGGGCAUGGGGGGGUAACGCAUUUUGGAAUUUCCGAAGGCAAGGGGGGUUUAAAACAUGGAAGCCGUCCGUGGUAUGGUAUGGAUAUUUUCUGGAAUCGCCCAAUAUUAUAAUUACAAAAUAUAUAUCAAUAAUAUAAUAUAAUAUAUCAACUUAAUAAAACAUUUGCAAGAUGACGUCUAAAAUUCCUGGGGCAUUUUAAGGACUUAAUGUUAUCAUUCAAGGAGUUCCAGAGUUUGGCUCCUCUGAAAGCAAAGGAGCGCUGCCCUGUUGACAGGCGACAUAAAGGUAUAUCCAAAGCACCAGAUGAUCGAGUUUGUCUAUUAUGGACAUGAGAACGUGAUUUAAACAUAUCAGCAAGAUAGUCUGGAACAAGCUUGUUAAUACAUUUGUGCAUCAUAGUAGCGUCAUUUAGAAUGAGUUUCUCUCUAAUAGGAAGCCAUUUCAACGAUCGCAACCCAUCCGAAAUAUGGUCAUACUUUCUUAGUCCCAGAAUAAUUCGCCCAGCAAAGUUUUGGACUUUUUGUAACUUGUCAAUAUUGCUGCUGCUGGUAUUACUCCAGACAGUUGAACAAUAUUGGAGUUUACUAAAGACAAAUGAAUUUAUUACUAACAGAAGUGUUUUCCUAUCCAGGAGGUGCUUGAUUCUGUUAAUUUGGUACAAUUUAAAAAGGCAUUUAGAGGCAAUCUCAGUGAUAUGUUGGUUAUAACUGAGGCGUGUGUCGAGAAGAACACCCAAGUCCUUAACGACAGGCACAGGUGUUAUUUCCUUGUCAAAAAGUGUUAUACUGAAUGAUGACAGUUUCUUUAAAAGUUGUGGUAAUCCAACAGCUAGAACCUUAGUUUUGUCCGGAUUAAUCAAAAGAGAGUUUUUACAGCACCACUGAGAUAUUCUCGUAAGAUCUUCGUUUAAGGCGAGGAUGGACGUGGGUAAUUCGGCAGGUGAAAAGGACAAAUACAAUUUACAAUCAUCAACAUAGGAGGCAGAUAGACAACGUUUAGGAACAGAAAGGAGGUCGUUAACAUAGAUUGUAAACAAAACCGGACCUAAAAUAGAGCCUUGCGGAACUCCGAACUCAAGUGGGAGUACUUUAGAAACUGCGCCACCAAUUCGAACGCACUGUUGUCGGUUAGAAAGGUAACUCUGAAACCAAUCCAACGCACCCUGGGAAAAAUCGAGAUUUUGUAGCUUGGAUAAUAAGAUGUCGGUCGAUACUAUCAAAUGCUUUAGACAUAUCUAAUAAGACCAUGAUGGAAACUUUCUUGUUAUCCAUAGCCUGGAGCAACUGAUCUGUAACGUACAACAGAGCUGUUUCUGUCGAGUGAAGCUUUCUAUUUCCGCUCUGAUGUGCUGCCAGUUUAUUAUUUCUAAUUAGAUGCUCCAUAAGUUGUCCAUGUACCAACCUUUCAGUGACUUUUGAGACUAUUGGUAAUAAUGAGAUGGGGCGAUAGUUGUUAGGGACAUCUGGAUUACCGCAUUUGAGAAUAGGUGUAACCUCUGCUGUUUUCCAUGCACGUGCAAAUGUGUUGGUAACAAAGGAGUUAUUCACAAUGUGGGUAAUUGUUGUUAGCGUACUGGGUAAACUGUCUUUAAGAAUUGAUUUACUGUUGACUUACUGGGUAAACUGUCUUUAAGAAUUGAUUUACUGUUUUAUUACAAGCUACUGAUUGACACACAACCAACUUUCUUGGAAUGUAUUGUUAAUUUAUUGUAAUCUGAUUGGUCAACUUUGUCUAAGUGGCCCUAGUUACAGUAGUCGCACUGUAACUUACUAGCCUCAUUAUUUGUUUUACUAGUUUACCAAGUGUUUCUUGGUGGAUGCAUACAGUGCCUUCAUUAACCACUUCCUACAAGCCAGAGCAGCAGUUAGAGUGGCCACAAUGUCCAGACCAGCUUUUGUGCGUUAUAUGGAGGUACAUCAGAAUUUUUUUCUUUCUGUCAUCACUGUCAUCAUGCCUUUCUUUUCUCUGCAAGGAGAUCAAGGCCUUAAUUAUCACUAUAGCUGUAAUCACCUGCUUAUGUUGAGAUGAGUCCAUGUACAGCUCAAAUAGACUAUCCCAAAUGACCAGUUCAAGGAAGGUCAUGGGUUUUAUUCCUGUCUGAUGAGAAUUUCACUUCGUUUGUCUCACACUCAACAGCGAUUUCCUAAUAAACCAAGUGACUCCUAAAAUUUAUUGUGAAAUUUAUAGUAGCCCUCUCAUGUUGAUAUUAACUUGGCAAUCAGCCAUAAUCGACCCCUGGUGAUUCUCCAUUAGGCUUUUUAUCUUUUUAUGAAAACCUAACAUUUUAAUGAACUGAAACUUACUGCCCAGUGCCUCAGUAAAAACGGUUAGAACUAGUUAGUUUAAUAAGGGACCUUUACUUAAAAUCUAAACUCAACUUACACUUUUGGUAAAAACUUGGCCUCCUAUAGUGUGUGUGUUUGGUUGUAUCUUUUAGCAAUGUUCUCGUGAUCAUAAAGAAAAGUUAACUCUCCAAGACUUGAUGAUCAUGCCAGUACAAAGAAUCCCUCGAUAUGAACUUAUACUGAAGGUAAGCAAUCUAUGCAUGCAAGUUGCCACUAGGGUAUUGUUUAUUUCUGCAUAGUAUCGCACAGUGUGUACAAUGAAAUAUGACUUUUCAUCAAUAGACCAGUUAAGCUUCAUCCACGUCGGUUAUAUGACACUGACUUGACAACCUUCACCUUCACAACCUUACUGGGCAAGACUUCACCUUCUGGGGCUGCAGUAAUUUGACUGAAUUAAGGUCAAGGUAGACUCUCAAAAAUUGAAGUUUAUUUAAUUCUUAUGCCAUUAAUUCUAGGACAUGAUAAAACACACCCCACAUGAUCACCCUGAUCAUGGCAGCCUGCAGCUUGCUCUGGGAGAGAUCAAGACAUUAGCAGACAGAAUGAACAGAGGAGAAAAGGAGGUGGACCAGGCUGAGAGGGAAGCUGAGAGACUCCGUGAUCUUGAAGCAACAAUUGAAGGCAUGACUGAGGUAUUGUCAGUUAUUUUUGUAGCUGUUCCUACCCUGACUACAAUUUAAAUACUGAAUGUAUGUGUUACUACCCUGGUUCAUUCAUCACAGUUGUGGUAUACAUUUGAUGGAGAAAAUAUCUCUUGAAAAUCAUCAACAAUAAAUGAUGAGCCCCAAGCACUUUCAAGUUGGAAUAUUUCAGGGCUGAGGGGUUGUGAAAAAUUUUUCAACACAAGAAGAUCGAAAUUUCUUAUCUUCUAGUGGCCAUGUUAUGUUCUCUGUAACAUUCUAUGUGCUACAGGGUUCAUACAAAAAACUGCAACCAUUUUUAAGGACCUUCCAAGGACUUUUCAAGGGCCACAUUUGAGUUUCUAGGACCACCUACUUUGUGGAAAUUCUGGAGGGGUGGGUGGUGGGGGGUUCAUCAGUUCCUUACAAAUAUGGAAAAUCCAUGGAGGUGGGGGGGGUCCUAGGUGAAAAUCUCUCUGUGGUGGGAUAUGGAUAUUUUCUGGAACCACACAUUUAUGAUUUAUAUUCCGUCUUGGACAACCAAAAAGCAUUUAAAACCACUUUCCAUGCCACUACAUUCAAAGUUGAAGAAAAUUCAAGACUUGCACAGAAAUUUAAGGACUUUUCAAGGAAAAAUGGAAUUCAAGGACUUUUUAAGGACUACUCCUAAAAUUCAAGGGUUUUUCAAGACUGUGCGGACCCUGUGCAAUACCAAACCAUUUCACCAUUUUUUUAAAGCUAAAGGCAGGACCACAUGUAACCAUAGCAACAGUGUCCUUUUCACAUGUGAAGACAACAUAUUAUUUUUAUGUGUUGAGAUAUCAUGUUUUGCGGAAAGGUACACCUGGUAUGUCAUUGGUGUUUAUAAUAAAAACCCAUGCACACUGCUGAACAACAUAUACGACCAUUUCGAGAAAGGUUAUUGGAAAAAGUGCACAUGACAAUCCCGAAACGUAUUGUGGGUGGUUUUGAAAUUUGAAGGAAUGGCACGAGAGGCCAUGGACGUAUGUUUGCAAAUGCUAAAGGAAAGCAACAAUAGAAGAUUCAACAGCUACAGUGUCAGGAACAGUGUAUUGAUCAUAUCCCAUAUUACCUUUUGGGAUUAACUCGUGUGCAUUUUUUCUGACAACCUUUCUCACAAUAAAUUGUAGUUGUAUGUAAGUACCUGAGUAUUAAAUAAAAGUUGUUUCAUUGGCAGCUUGUUACUCCUACGCGGCGGUUGAUACGGCAAGACUUGGUGGCUGAAGUUGUAAGUACUUGUUAACACAUCUACCAAUGUUGAAAAAAGAGCCGAUACAUGAGUGAGAUAAAUAAAAUUUUUUCCUCAAAUCAGAGCAGUAACAGUUGGGAUACGAGCAACAAUUUAUUGUAAAACUUCAACUUGUAUAUAAGUCCAUUCUGUUUCUAGUACACCUUACUGGGUCUGUUGGUACCCUUAACUAUAUACGUACAUUGAUCAAAGGCCCAAGAACAAGACAAAAAAAACAGAGAAAAGAAAAGAAAAGAGAAAAAGAAAAUAUUCUAUAAAACUCAAGUUAUUGCAGUUCUGCCAUUACUUCUUGGCCAUAUUGCAGUGCUUAAUACCAUUAAUACUUUGUCUGCAACUGCUUUUUUACUUCUUUAAUACAUUAUAAGAGAGAGGUGUUGGAUUUCUCCACAUUAUAUAAGGAAUAGAUCCACAAAGGGCACUUUGUUGAUCUUCUUUGUUUAUUUCAACAGAAAGGAAAUAUGACUAAGAAAGAUCGCUGCCUAUUCCUGUUCAAUGACAUGCUGGCUUGUGCAACUGUCAAGAGAAAAGCUAAUGCUCUACGAAGAGGCUCAUUAAGCAUGUAAGUCCAUACACUAUCCACAGAGCACUAACUAAGUGUUCUCUUGAUUCCCAUUACAAAAAUCAUUUUCUUUGGUUUCUUUCCUAGAUUUUCUGGUUCAGGAACAGAGUUUAACAAAUAUAAACUACUUUGGAGACUUCACCUUGAAUAUGUGGAAAUUUACAAAUGUAAGUAGUGCUCUCUUUUGCAAGCUUCCAGACAUGUGUGUGUAACACAUGGACUAACUUUAUACUCUUUUAUCCUUUCUGCUUAUGCUACCUUAGAAAUACAUGCUCAUUCUCUACAAAAAAAAGUGAACAAAAUAAUAUACAGUUAAACCUCUAUACACGACCACCCCUUGUGAGCAAUCACCUAUUCAAAAACCCUAAAAUUUGCCCGGUCAAAUCACUGCAUUAAUUUUGAGACCUUCCCUAAAUGACCACCUCUUGUAAGUGACGGCAACCACCUUUUGGAUGAUGGUUUUAAAAUUUUCCAUUGUUUUUAUCCUCUUGUAAGUGGCCACUGGAGCUUUGUUUGUUGUAUGUACUUCACUUAUCAGAGUGUGCAAGAAACUUUUGCGACAACAUGAAACUAGGCAUAUUGUCAAUAUUAGAAAUUGCAUGCAAUGAAUUCUUUUCUAAGAUGUAGAUAUGCGCGGUUCCCUUCUAGGAGGGGACCCUUUGUGGUUUGAUUCAUGGAAGUGACCACUUCCCGUGUAGUGGUGUAACAAUUAAUCGAAUUCUCAAUUAAUCGUGAUUAUGACCGUUCGGUUCGAUUCACGAUUCUUUGCCUCCACGUUUUUGAUUUUGGUUCGAUUUUUGCACACAUUUUCCAGGGUGCCCUCAGUGAGUUAUUAUAUUCUAAAAUAAGAAUCCAGAACUCUUUAAUGUGUGUUUUUUAUCGAUGAGCAAAGACAAUAGCAGUUGGUGUGCAAUUUUGUGUUGCCUGGUAAAAAUGCUGUCCUUCAACCUCCCCUUGAGAAUUUCCAAAUAAGGCAAACCAUCUUUGUCAGGAUCUCAAACAUGGCGACGAACCAAGCAACUGUGAAUCCUCCUGUGCCUGUUAUUAUUCUCAUAUUGAGGGUUUAGGGUUGUAUGUUGUUUACAUUACGCGUUAUGUUGUAAGAAUUGAGAAACUUUUACAUAAUCGAAUUGAAAUAAUCGAAAUCGAAUCGAAUCGAAUCGCAAUGAAAAUGAAUCGUUACACCCCUAUUCCCGUGUAAGGGACCAUUAAAUCUUUGCAUUUUGGGUGGUUGCUUACGGGGGUUUGCCUGAAAUUAUAAUGCCAACAAACAAACUGACCGCAUACCUAUAACUCAUUGUUAUGUCUUGAUGAUUUUGUUGUAUGCAGCAUCUCCUGAAGCUCAGAGGCGGAAUAGUUUAGAAAAACAGUUGGAGAAGCUUGAUAACGAUAUGUCAUCACUCAGCAAGAUCAGUGCCUUGGCUGACACUCUUACGAUAGGACAUGUGGUAAAUAUAUACUGUUGAUGUACCUUUUCAGUCUCGAUUAUGUUCAAAACAAAAAAGACAAAUGAUUUUUCAUUGUCAUUGCCUCAAUGCACAGGUCAUGGAAAAACCUGGAAAGUCAUGAAAAUUAAUUUACAAAAAUUCUUUUUCCAGGCCUGAAUUAUGUGUGGUAAGUUACUACAGAUGUCAAUGCACAGGGCUGUCAAUAAGGGGCGGUAGCUGGCCAAAACUGCCGGCUAGUUAGCCAUCCUUAGCCAGCUACUUUUAUCUCCUUCUACAUGUACCAUAACUGCUAACAAAAAUUGAGCACCAUCGACUAAAAUUAUAAACCACCCCUUUCCCAGUUUUGAAUGACAUUGAACGCAUAUUUAAACAGGCUUGGAUCUGUGAAAUGUUCAAACCAUGCGAUGUCAUGGAACAGCUGGGACAUUUCGAUGGCAUUGUUCCCAGUCUUGUGUGUAUUCUGAUGAAACGAUGGUGGCAACCGCGGUGGAAAAUACCUUUUGAAAACCCCUGGAAAUUGCAUUUCUGAGACUCUAAAUUUCAAAAUGUCCCUAGACGCCUCAGCCCUCAAGAAAUUAUGCCUUUGGUGUGAGUUCCGCCAACUAUUCAUUAUCAGCCUGCUACUUAAGAACUUUUUGACAGCCCUGAUGCAAGGACACUGUCUUGAUUGCGGCUAAAAAUUUAAAAGCAUUCAGACAGCAUUCAUUUUGGUAAACACCAGAGUUUGUGUCUGUUAUGAACUGAGUUGGAUAAAAAAAUAGCCCAAAGCAAGGAAGGUCACCGAAAACUUGAAAAGGUCAUUUAAAAGUCAUGGAAAUUGAAGAGCUCAAAAUAGUAUGAACCCUGCAAAAUACAAAAUGAAAUUGCCAUUCCCUUGGUUAUACAUGUAAAAGGCUACACCUUAAAACUUUGCACAAGCCUUUGUAUAGUUAAAUUUUAAUGCUAUUUUUGCAUAAUAAUGUUAUUUUAUAAUCCUUUAGACCUUAGAUGGAGCUAUCCGGGAGUUGAUGAAUGACGUGAACCGACAAAUUUCUGAGAAACAAAUUCCUCUACAGCCUCCCACAUCCACAAAACUUGAACUGCAUGCACAAACAGAGUAAGUAAUAAAGUGAAUUCAAGAGGUAUAAUUGUUGUCUAGCAGAAUUUUAGAUCAUGUUCUACAUGUAGGUACAUUGGGGGAAAUGUGCUCUAACCAAAUGAAUGAAACACCCAGCUCUCCAAGCUUCCUGAUGUCUUUUCAAACUCAAGUAGUCAUUUAAAUUGUCCAUAAUUUAUUUUAUAUCAAAAUUGUGUGACAUUGUUAGCUUUGUUAACUACCAGUAUUCUUUAGGUUAUUGAAUUUUACUUAUAGUAAUACAUGAGGGAAUAUCUCACAAAUAAAUUCUGUGAUUAGCAAUUUUCCAACUUCAGGAGGAUGACCGUAAAAACUUCUUGGUGACCACUGAUGAUGUUUCUUCACUUUUUUACUGCGCUUUUCAAAAACACCCAAACUCUGAAGUUCAAAAGCCACCUUCACAAUUAUGUUUUUUGCUACCAUCAAUCAUAAUUAUGAUCGCAAGCAACCAACCUUGAAACGCAAAAACACACACAUCAGACAAAAAAAAUGACCAAUCACAAAUCAUCACCUUUUGAACCAGCUGAAAUAGGCUUCUGUUUCCUAAGAGGUCUGCUAAGAUGAUUGGCGGCAGCGAAAAAUGCAAAUGUCAGUUGGCUUUUGAACUUCAGAAUUCAUGUGUUUAUGAAAAGCAUGGUAAAUAAAGUUACUAUUCUUGUUGUUGUAUUCCUGUCACACAGGGAAGGAGAGGAGCUUUUUCAAUUCUUGUUCUUGGAAACAGAAAUAAAGAAUUCCUGGGAAGCUUAUUUUGAAGACGCUAAACAGAAGCUUGGUAAGGGUCUUCUUCAAAGAAUUCUUAAGACAGUCCUUUUCCUGUGUUUACUCAAAUUUGCUUUUUAUCUUUAGCAUAUGCCAAAGACACUUUUCCUCCUGAGUUUCAAUAUUGUAUUCCUAUCAACAAGACUAGAAGUGGAAUGCAGGUAGGAUUUUGCUGGUCAAACUUCUGCUAAUGAUAAUGUGUAAAAAAAUGUAGUAAUUGUUGUGCUUAAAAUGACCGUGGGUUAUGAAAGGCACAGGCCAUAUUUUGUAACCUUAUCAGGAGUCUCCAAUAUUUAAACAGCACCAGUAUGGCAGGGUGCAAAGAAAGUCAGUUUUACAGCUCUUGGAAAGCUGUACCUAGCAUGUACCAGCCCAAAAGUCAUUUCAACUAGCCUGAAAUAAACUUGAUGAGCAGGAUUGAUUACAGUUCUUCUGUAAUUAUUUGAAGCCCCCCCCAAAAAGAAUCACUUGCCGAUCGGGCAAGUUAAGAACAGAAUUCACUAGCCUGAUAGCAAAGUCCACGAGCCCCAGGCUAUCGGACACCACUUUCUUUGCAUGCCGUAUGGGCUCCUCAUAGCCCCUUUUUCUGUGAACAACGAGUCGCACUCUAAAUUCAAGAUUUCUUCUCGUCUCUCAAUUUUAGAAACCGUUCACUUAUUUCACAAGGAAAAUUAAAAACAAAUGAUAAGUUAAGAAUUUUUUUUUCUGUAAUUCAAAUAGGAAGUUUUGAUCUAUAAGAAUUUAAAAAAUCUUAUCCUAUGAUUUGUUUCUAAGUUUUAUGUAAAAUAAGAAAUCCCAAAGUUAGAGUGUUCUGAACUGAGUUCAGAACUUUUAGCCAUUUACCUUAACUAAGACAUGAAUUUUCCAUUUUACUUUUAGUUCACUUGUGCUUCACCUUGCCAAGUGCCACACAUGCUGGAUAGAGGGAACCACUGUGGUUCAGGAGAUGUGUGGGUUUGUAAUAGCGAUGGUUAUGUAGGACAAGUGUGCAUCCUCAGAAUGGGAACUCAAAUUCAGGUUAGAGGUGUAAUCACUUAAACUUAAUAUAUUGGAAACUUGAGCUUAUAACUCCAAAUUAAAUAUUGUCUUGAAGUCAAUGAAAAUUCCAAAUUUUUUUUGGAAAAUACAUAAAAAAAAUACCGCAGAGAGUACUUCUCAGUACUCAGUAGCUUUCACUCAUUUUUUCAAAUACGGGGAAUUUUCCGUCUUCUCCCGUGUCUGAUAUCGGUGUAUAUGCUACAGGUCAAAUUUAAUCUCAAAUUAAUUUUGAUUUAAACUAGGUUCAUUCUCAAAUUCCUUUGUCCUUUAAGGCAAAGGAAAUCAAGAAUCAUCCUGGGUUCAAAUUUUUAACUUGAGAACAAAUUUGACCUGUAACAUACAUAAGUUAACUUACAGUUUCUCUGGGUGUUUUGCGACUACCCAGGUCGUUUUCUAUCCUUUUAAAUUCGUUUUUCCCAUCCUUUUAGAACGUUAAAGUUCAUAUGAACGAAACUUUCACUUUCUUAGCAACAGUAAAAGUUAAAUUUCACCAACCUUGAACUUAUCCGUAUUUUUUCAGCCAUGUGGCUCCAUAACAGUUUGCAUGUCAAGGAUUCUCUGCAUCUCUCCCGUUCCCGGAACCAAAUUCGUCGGCUUAGAAGCUCUUCAGUCUGAAAGUGAAACCAAAUCUGAAACUCAGUCCAUCUCCCUGGGAAGCGAAAAGAGCAGCAAAACACACACAAGCGCCAAAAUUUCUCGCUCCGGUUACACCAGCGAUGAGGAUGUGACAGGAGCUCAAAGCAUCAUGGCGUUUGAUAGUAGCUCCGAAGACGAGGAGGGACUGGGUCAAGAGAGUUUUCUUGGCGGGAAAUUCGACGAAAGUUCGCCGUUUCACGUCGACGGCCGACUGAGCCCCGAAGGCAGCAGUCUCGGCACCACCGGAAGUGUGGACGGCUUAGACAGCAGUGGGGAAGAGAAUGUGUUUGAAUAUGAGGAGAAUGACUCGAGCUGUGACGAGAUGAAGGGAAAAGGGUCUCGGAAGCAUUCCAAGCGUAGAAUAUGUUCGUCUCGUGCUCAGAGCAAAGACAGUUUAGAUCUGGUGAAUUUUGAAACGGAUGAAGCUUGUGCCGUGUGGCUGGGUACAGAGGACGGAUAGUAAGUCUUUGGUUUCUAUUAAACACAUGUUCCUUCCAUGAUAUAUAUAAAUUUUUUAUUACUUCUUUGCCUUGUGAAACUAGCUUGUGAAAUCUAAUGAGAUUUUGCUCACUGUUUUAGUGUUUACAUGUACCCUGCUAAUGAAGCCCAAACUAAGAAAUCAAAGUUAAAGAUUCAACAUUCUGGAUCGAUUCAAUGCAUCUUGUAAGUAUCUGUUGUAUUUGUUUAUAUAUUUUCGAAUGAUUUGACCUUAAAUUGAAGGCAUAAUUUCGCGCCUAAUUCACUAUGUAUUCCCGAGGCUAUUUUGAACUAAAUACCCAGACAAAUCUGGCAGUAAACCAGAGCAAUUGAAAGUAUCGCAUUCCAAAAAUAUCGAAUAAAACUGUGUUGCUGUGAGUGGCAGGGAAAAUUGUGCCAGUUAAGAGCAGAUUACAAUACAAGCUUAUCUCUCAUUUGUCAGCAUUUUACAUUUCAUUGAAAGUAAUGUUUCCCAUGCGUUCCACAAGUACCACUCCUUCUCCCUCUCAAUAGCUGGUGCUCUUUCAUGAAUACCGAGUGAUAAUUUGUUUUCUUACCUUUGAUGCUGAAUUUUGGUACUCUUUUUUCAGGUAUGUCGAUAACCAAGUAUUUAUUUCUUUGUCCACUGGUGACUUGUAUGUUUACAGAAGGCAACCAGGUGAGCUUGAACUACUUUCAUUUAAAAGCCCAUUUCAUACGUCGUGCUGCUGUCGCGCCGAAUCUAAUUCAUGAAUUUUAUCGGCCAAACCGGUGGCAUGACGUUUGAAACGGCUUUAAGUAUUACCAUGGAUAAUAGUAUUACUGUAUAAGAAGAACCAAGUAGAUAAAGCAGGCUAAACCUUAGGUCUUUCUACCUCCAUUAUAAAAGAGCCUGUUUAGCUUAACUUUUGUUGACCUGUUCUUUCUUAGAAGUGGAGUUUUAGUGGCUUUUAGCCUGCCUAGCAGGCACUUUUGAAGUAUUAGGCCCAAGAAAGAACAGACCCUCGCGCGCCCUGUUCUUUCCUGUGCUCAUUACUUCCAAGCACCUGCUACGCAGGCUAGCCGGCUUUUAGUAUGCUGCCGAGAGAAUGUGUACAACAUUCUGAUGGGUUGAAACCAACUCAACAUUUUUUGAAGUGGUUUAAAAUGGACAAAAUUCUAAUCCAUGUCUGGAAGUCGGUUGGAACCAAACUUAAACCUGUGUAAUAGCCCACGUUCGACAUAUUAAAAUUCUAACAUGACUCUGAGGCUUUAAUUUCAAGUCAUUUUUCUAUAAUUAUUUGGUUUGGUUUUCUUUGUGCUCAAGUCUCUUCUGGGAAUGGCGAGACAAUGGAGUCAUUAAAAAUUUGCAGUUUUGUCCCUAAAGCCUCGGAGUCAUGUUAGAAUUUUAAUAUAUCGAACGUCGACUCAAAAUGUCAAUUUUUUGUACCUAGGUUGCGCGUGGGAAGUUGGCAAUCCCGUGAUGCUUCACAUCGGUGAGUCGGCAACAGUCUCCUGUAUGACCGCUAUACACGGUCGUCUGUGGUGUGGCCUGGGUUGUAAUGCGGUCAUCGUCAACACAACUACUUUAGAAGUCGAGGUAAGAAUCAAGUCACUCUCCAGUGGUCCUUGUCAAAACCUCUCUUCAUUCGUAAGAAUGCUACUCUGACAACCCUGAAUUUUCUUUCCUAGACAUCCUUUAACUGCAGCUUGGACAAGGACAGAUCCGUUUACCGCAUGGCCAGUUCCGGCAUGGGGGUGUGGAUAUCCCUUCAAAGUUCUGCUGCUGUGAGGUUGUUUCACGCCACGCGAUACGAGUGUUUAGCGGAUGUCGAUGUCGCCCCGCCAGUCCAUAAAAUGCUCGCAAGUAAGUCGAAUAACCAUUUCAGUUCUGACCGAACAAACCUGGGUACGAGGUGUCUAACCAACCUUCGUACCGUUGCACUUGAUUGGCCUUUAAGAUUAAGUCAUUACAAUUAUAUAAGAACCAUGUUUUACUAACGGUCACGGCUCAAAUUUAGUUUCAAACAUCAUUGAUAUUUCUUUAGUUUUUUUGUACUUGGAGCAAGAACUGUAUGUACCUUUUUGACUCCAAGGUGUAUAACCGGUACUAUAGAACCGCACAAAAUUUUAACAAAGUAAGGUAAGGAUUUAUGCCCGUUCCGUUUUUAGAGGGUAAGUUGCAAGGGGUAAAGUAACUCUUGUAAAAAAUGCAGGUAAAAAUUGGCCUGUUGGCAACAAAGAUUUUUUUAAAAAAAUACAAUCCUUUCCUUUAGUUUCCGGUUGCGACGAAACAAAUACGUAUUACUUAUGUUUGAAAUACGAUUACUAAGCGACACUCGUUGUUUUCGUUAGGUUCUGAUGCCAUCAUCCGUCAACACAAGGCGGCUUGUCUACGUGUCACUGCUCUGCUUGCUUGUAAAGAUCUUCUUUGGAUCGGCACCAGCGCAGGCGUGGUGUUAACUUUACCGCUGCCAACAAUUACCGCUAGCACGGCUUCUCUGCGAAAUUGUCCGUCUGCUACAGCCUCCUUUCAUGGACAUACUGGGCAUGUGCGCUUUCUUACUGCUGUUGAGGUUCCAAAAGAAGGAACACAAGACGGCACCAACGAGAAAGGCUCCGGUACUGCUCCAUCCACUACGACUGCACCCCUUGCACCUGGCACUAACAGCGCCCGAGAUGUGUUGAUCAUCAGUGGUGGAGAUGGUUACGAAGACUUUAGGUCAAGCUCCGCCAGUGAAUCUGCUGGACGAGAUGACAGCACAAACCAUCUCCUUAUUUGGCGCGUAUGACGCUGAGGCUGAUUGGCGGUCGGACGAAUGAUCACAUUUGAGUUCCAAGCCCUCGGUUCUCAAACAACUGUUGCUUGGUAUAAACUCGGUCCAUCCAUAGCGACAAGCUGGCCUCACACUAUCACCAGUAUCUGACUGGUUUUAAAUUUAAAAAUCCAAAGCACUUCGCGUGUGUUAGCGAAGAAUCUUCGCCUACGAAGUGAACGAAAACCAUCAAAAAACACAAUAAAGAUACUUUUCUUUUCUUAGGUUUAAAACUGUUCAAUCAAACAAUGAAAUUGUUAUCACAUUGAUUAAUGAAGGACGUUGUAAUCAACAUUUAGCAAAUAAUUUACAAGUGCCUUUGAAAAAGGAUUUAAUGCGAAGACUUCAGUAGCUUUCCUUUCAAAAGUCUUUGAUAACUACGUCGGCUUCGAGUAAUCAUUAGUAAAAAAAAGUAGCGUACUUAAAGUGGUAUGAAAAGCCUAAACCCGUUACAUGCCUAAAUAGAGGUUCCGCAUGAGUAUUUUAGGUUUAUUUGAACGAGAAGAGGUAUUUUUAAAAACAGGUAAUAUUUUUGUCAAAUUGUAAAUAUUAACUAUACGGUGUAUUUGACACACCGAAGAAGAACGUUUCUAAUGAAAUGUAAGAGAAGAGAAAAGUAGCGUAGAACCGAUGUAGUUGAAGUUGAUUAUGUAUUAAUAUUAUUUUAGCUCUUUUUCUCAUAGGAAAAGUAACGUAAAGGUAUUUAGAUGCCGGCUGUAAAUAAAGAUGUUGAAGACC